CGAAGUCUUUGACUCGAUUAACCUCGUCAUAUCACCGCACGUUUUUCAGCUCCGCCCGAAGACUCUCUCAAAGUUGUAAUUCACCGAGUUCCUUCCGGCCUCGAGCUCUGCACGCUUCAUCCCACGACCUACAACCACUCCGCCCUUAUCCACUUACUGAACUCAAUUCCCUCGAUCCCGAAUACUCCAGACACAAUGCCUGCCUCCGUUCACUCUCAAGAUGCGGAGCACGAUCAGUCCAUGAUGGACGUUGAGACCGAAGCCGAACCCGUCAACCCCAUUCUGCUGGAUGAGAAGCGUAUCGUCGUGUUGCCCGGCUCUUCCGACACCGCUGCCUCGUUCCAGUUCGAGGGCGAGGGUCACACCAUGGGUAAUGCGCUGCGUUAUGCUAUCAUGAAGAACCCCGAUGUCGAGUUCUGUGGCUACACUAUCCCUCACCCUUCCGACGCCAAGAUGCACGUUCGCAUCCAGACCAACGACUCAACGACCGCCCUGGAAGCGCUGGAGAAGGGCUUCAAUGACCUGAUGGACCUGUGCGAUGUCGUUACUGAGAAAUUCACCGCUGCCCGCGACCAGUUCAAGGAGGAUCGGGCUAACAUGAUAGAGGGCUGAGCUUUGUACACGGCUUGGAAAUUUCUUCUCUUGCAUUGCAUACGUUAUUCUACGGACUUGAUUGGCGUUUUGGGGGAGAGCUUAAAGCUUAAAAUUUCAUUUUAUGGUUCAUCUAGAUUUCAUUCAUGUUGGUUUGGGGGAUGAUAUAUUUUGCGGAGAAUUUGGGUAGACGUUGGGUGUGCGUCUGGAGGUGAGAUGUAAUUACCUCGGCAUUGGGUCUUCACUUGAAUGAACAUUUACCGAGUAAAUUCGUGAUAGGAUGUAGUUCCCAGCUGCACCUUGACUGACGAAUCUCGAGGGUAACCUUCACUUUGGAUUUGCCAAUAUUGGAUCCGGUUGCAAGGUUCUCACAACCUCAUCUGUUACGGUA